AGCAGCAUGAAAAAGAACCAGACCAUGCAGGGCACUUUCAGCAAACUCUUUGGGAAGAAGCAUGCCCACCCCUCCACCACGUCCCUCUACGCCACCAACCCACCCUGGAUUUUCACCCAAGAGGCCCAAGAGGAGGGGACCAGGGACUUUGAUGGGAUCUAUUAUGGAGACAAUCGGUUCAACACUGUGAGCGAAUCAGGAACAGCCACGCUGAAAGCCCGGCCCCGAGUCCGGCCCCUGCUGACUUUCAUUCCCCUGAAUGCCCAGGAGAACCAUGGGCUGGCUGUGCCCACCCCGUCUGUCCCAGAAGAUUUUGCAGACAAAGAAGUAGGAGGUACCGGCACACUAGUGAACGGCAACCUCCGCCUGUACAGCUCUGUGGGUGACCUGAGGCCGGUACACUACGAUCUGGACUCUUCCAUCCCCCCACCUCCCCCAGGCCCAGCCCCAGGGCCACCCCAGGACACUUCACAGCCUCCAGGAGAGUCCCCUCCACCACCACCUCCUAUUCCUCCUCCUCCUCCCCCUCCCCUGCUGGUGGAACCCCCACCCCCACCCAGCACAGCCCCACCUCCACCCCCAGCGUUAGACACCUUAUCCCCACCCUCCACACCCACCCCUCCUGACUUCAUCCCCCCUGCCCCACCAUCUGCUUUCCUGAACCCCCCUCCACCUUCUUCGCCAGCCCCAGGACCCCCAGCUCCAGUCUCUCUUCAUACAACUGGAACUCCUCGCCUCUUCCCCACUGGGGCUAUUAUCAAGUGGAAAUCAGAAGUAGCACUCAAUGGCAGGCAUCCAGAGGACCCCAGAACCAGCCCCCCCAAAAGCCCUGCUGAACUAAAGAGGAGCCCCAUAGGGCCUAGCCCAGAACCCCACCUCACCUUCCCCAGGUCACCGAAGGUGCCUCCCCCAACCCCAGUCAGGACCUCAUCUAUCCCAGUUCAGGAAGCACCAGGAGCUUCUCCAGAGGAGGAGGAAGCCACCCAGAAGAGCUCCGCCCACCUCCCACCGCCUCCCAGUUUCAAUGUCCGCCCUGCAUCUCAGGUUUACCCCGAGCAGUCCAGAGAGCCCAGGCUCGAGACACCGGGCAGCCCACGGCUCAGGCAGUCUGAGCCCCAGACAAAUGGACAAGCUGGAGCUCCACCCCCAGCUCCUCCCUUACCUCCACCGGCUCCCCCACUUCCUCUGCCAGCAUCCUCCCUGCCUCCAGCUGCUCCUCCUUUGCCCUCUACUGAGCAGGCAGCCCCUCCAUCUUCUGGAUUUAUGAAGACCUCCAAAUCCAGCUCACCUGCUCUCAACCCCAAACCCAACCCCCCUAGUGUGGAGGACACAGCCUCUGCAGAGCCUGUUGACUGGAGAGACCCCCGGCAGAUGGAAAAGCUUCGAAGUGAGCUGGCAGCCUAUCUGUGUGGGUCCAGGAAAGAGGAUCGGUCACUCAGCCACAGGCCAGUCCCUACGGUGGCCUUGAAGGACAAGAACAAGAAGAGUAGCAGCCCAUCAGAGGAGGGAGCUCCUCCAAGCCUGCCUGAGAAGAUACACCCCUGUGCUCCUGAGAAGAGCCCCUCCAGGAGCAGCUUGCCAGAGAGAGAAGCCACCAGCAGCCCAGCCCUACCCCCUGUGGACUACAUGCCCCAGGAUGCUCCAGCCCCCAGUGUCAGGCAGAUCCGGAAUAAGCUAGAGGCUCGGUUUGCCUCCUCGGCUGAGAAGGAAGCCAAACCCAACGUAGCAUCUCUGCCCCCCAAACCCCAGCUAGAAGAGGGAAGAGCCUUUGAAAACGGGACUGAUAAGGGCAGAUUCCAUAAGCCUGCCACCAAGAAUCCACCCCAGCCAUCUACCACCCCUCUGCCUGCCCCAACACUCCAGUCCAAGGUUGUACCUGGUCCAGCAACACCACCCAAAGUCACACCUAAGCCAGCCACACCACUCAAGCCUACACCUGGGCAGGCCAUACCACCUAAGGCCUCACCUGGGCUAACCUUACCACUCAAGCCUACACCUGGACAGACCACACCACCCAAGAACACACCUGGGCAGACCACACCACCCAAGAACACACCUGGGCAGACCACACCACCCAAGAACACACCUGGGCAGACCACACCACCCAAGGACACACCUGGGCAGGCCACACCACCCAAAGAUGCACCUGGGCAGGCCAUGUUACUCAAGGAAGCACCCGGGCUGUCUACCCAACCCUCUCAGCUGAUGGCAGAGAAGGACCUUGCCUCUGUAAGGCAGAGAGAAAAGCCAGAAUCUCAAGAAAACACAGUGGCUACCCAACUGUCCACAGAUGGCGCCCUCUCUCCUCCAGCUAUUCCACCAAAGUUGUCUACCGGUGGAGAAGAGGCGCCAUUUCUCUACAGACCCCAUCGCAGCCAGAAUAGCCACAACCGAGGGGUUGCUGUAGUGACUCCCACUCGGGCCAGAGGGGAGACUACAGACUCAGGGGAUCUAGUGGACGAAAAGGAGCUCCAACACCAUCCAGACAAACCUCUCACCCCAGUCCAGCCAGCUGACCAACUCCUCAGACACCCAGUGACCGGGGAAGUGGUAGAGCAGGGUUCCCCAAUGGCCCUGCUCCUCGCAGCCAGACAGAGGGCACAGAAGACUAGGGCUGGAGGGACUGCGAUUGGACGGUCCUCUUUGCCAGGGAGUCUCCGUGACCAUAGCAACCAACCAGAGGCCAGCUCUGACAGCAUCUUUUACAGAGGUAGCCGGCCUAACUCCUUCAUUGUGGUCCCUAAGGUGCCCAGUGAGACAGAGGACUCCCAGCUGAUUGCAGCACGGCCCACUGGGCCCAGUCAGUGGAAGCCCCAGCAGGGACGAGACACACAAGGCUCAGAGCCAACCUACAGGCAUGGGUGGACCAAGGCCGAAUCCCCAGCCCCUGUGGCCCGGGAAAGACCAGCUCCCUCAAGCUUACUCCAGGGCCGCGCCCUCCCCAAGUCCUUCUCUUCUCCGCCCUCUCCUUCCUACAAGAGGGAAGAAGAGGAGGAGGAGUUCAGCUUUGAUAUCAUUCCUCCGCCGCCAGAGUUCAGCAAUGACCCCGAACCUCCGGCCCUUGGGCAGCAGCAGCAGGGCCAUCGCGGGUCCCCACCCAGGAACAACUUCUCUGAUUUGGGGCAGUCCCGGAGUCCCAAUCCGGCUCCUGGCUUCUCGCGCUUCCCGGGGAUUCAAUACUCCGAGCUCGGGGGUCUGGAUCGCUUCUCGGGCAGCGGACGAUCGCUCAUCAAGAAACGCCUGUACGUCGGGGAGCCCCAUCGCAACCCCGGGACGCCCCGUGGCUCUACUGGCCGCAGCCUGAGCUCCCCUAACUGCUUCGGACCGCAGCCGGGAGGACCUGAGAUGCGACGGGUCAACUCUGGGGGCCGAGCGGCCCCCGGUGGCCUGCAAGCACGGAGGCUGUCGCUGGAGGGCGCCCGGGGUGCGGCCGAGGUCAAGUACAAGACGCCCGGCGGAGGCGGUGGUAGUGGCAGCAAAGCUGGGGGUUAUGGCUUUGUCCCUGCCAAAGGCAGCAGGUCUCCUCACCGCAACACUCACUAUGGAAGCCCCAUCAAUACGUUCACAGUGAGGCCUGGGACCCGCCAUCCCAUCUCCUACGCCUACCCUGGGACCCAUCGGAAAACCACUUCCUGAGCCACGUGGUUCACUCGGCUGACUUCCAGGGGUUGGAUCUGGGCAGUUGUUUUGCGGGGGGUGGGAAGUCGCUCAAGGUAUUAUAGGUCCCAGCUCAGACACCACUGAGAGCCUUUGUUCUGGAAGACAGACAGACAGACAGACAGACAGACAGACAGACAUAUCUGUCUCUGAAAGUACCAAGGGACAGCUUGGCUAGGGACUGUUGGCAGCUGGGGAUGGGAGGAGGGAGACUGAGGAGGAGCUUUCUGGGCCCUGUUUUUACUAUCUGGUACUGUCUGUGUUAGCAAGGUUUAUUGGAACCCAGGGGGUUACAGUUUGCCUGUCAGAACCUCAUAAAGGACAGUGGAGGUUGUCUUUAACCUCUACCUGUUACACUGAACAGGUAAUGGCUGGCCUUCCUAGCCACUUGGAGGUAAGUUCAAGACCAUUUGCACAACACAGGGCUCUGCAUCAGAAGCCUUAUGCACCAGCCAGGGCCAAGCAGGGUCAUUGCUCCUUGGCGCUUACUCACAAGGAGGCCAUGAGAAUGGGAGAUGGAAGAUGAAGGCUUGCUUUUCCAUUCAGGCCCAUGAAGUCCUGGUUCAAGGGAUUGGGCCCAAGGAGCUACAAGGUCUAGGAAGUAUAUAGAACAUUGGAGAGAGGUCUUGUAAGGUCAAGGUAGUCUGCUAGGGCCAGUUCAGAGCAAGGGAGACUUGUCAAUCGGGUGACCAUUUGUCCUCUGCCUGCGUGGUCCAGGGUUAUACCAGUGAACUGGAAUAUAUGUAUAAUAUAUUCUAAUAUGUGUUUGUGUGUUAUGUCAAAUAGAGCAGGAACAAUAGUUCUUCAGGUGGGGAAUGGCUGGACCUGGGACCAGAUCAGGGCAGAUGGGAAAGGAAGGGCAGAGCAGGGGUAGACAAGAGGAAGCCCUCUCUGGGGCUUCGUGACCCGUGGUACCAGCUGCAGUACCAGGUGGCUGGGACAGCAGGUGAACCAUUUCAAGUAAAGAUCGUGUGGAGACGGCUGCCACUCAGGUGGCUCGGGCCGGCUAACAGCUUCACUGUGCUCACAAAGCCAAGCCCAGCAACACAACACUGGUCUAUAAAUGUGUUUUCCCUCAGUAGGGUUUUAGAAGAGUUUGCUAAUUCAUCUGCUGCUUUGAGGAGAAGAGUGGGGUGUGGUCUCCCGGCAGGGGCGUGCUCUGGGGUGGAUGGAGAAGCACUUGGUCUCACUGGACACGGGAAAUAAAUAGCCAGUUUGGACUGGCCUCUGCUCUGCA